UUCGGUCGGAUUCUUAACUGUGGUGUGGCAAUCCUUAAAGUUGGAGGGUCUUGAAUUUCCUAUAACCUAGCCUACUCCUGGAGUGGCUUAUACUGCGUAGAGCUGACAUGAAGAAUUCUCUUGCGUCAAGACUGCAGGCAAAUUCGCCGGCAUCUGUUCCCAAAGUCAUCAUCAUCUUGGUGGGAUUGCUACAAGUUGUGACUUGCGUCGUUGUUGUAUUACACCUAAAAGGACACAUUAAGGCACAUGGGGCUGACAAAAGCCCUGUCCAAGCGGAGCCAUUGGUAGAGCUUCGUGAAAUGCAGCAACUCCGAUCUCUCAAGAGAUCUAGACAUAGGACUCCAGUAGCUCAUCUACCGAUAAAUCCAUCAAGCACACACACAGAGAGAGAGGUGCGGGCUACUAUGAUCCACUGGAACGCUGAGCAGGGAUACCUCUUCCAGUUUGGAUACCAUGACGGGCGAAUCCUGGUGCGAAAACCAGGCCUGUACUAUGUCUACACCAAAACAUGUUUCCGUUACUAUGACGAACUGGAGCCGGGCCUCACGUCCCACCCGCGGGGAUAUCCCUCGGACCGGCGCCUGGCGGCCACCGCCAGCCCCGUCCAGCUGAUCCAGUACGUCUUCCACGAGCGGCCCAGCCGCGGCGCCCCUCCUAGGCCCACGGUGAUCAUGAAGAGUGGGAGCACACAGCACUGGAGGGUCGGGGGGUACCACAUGUACUGCCAGCAGCAAGGCGCCACUGUCGCACUGAGGACUGGAGAUGGCCUGUUUGUUCGGGUGUCCAACUCCUGGAUGCUCGAUCCUGAGGCAGAGGGUAGCUACUUUGGGGCGUUCAGGAUAAGCCAUUGAAUUGUAGUAUAUAGAAUGUAGAGAGGUACUGUAGGUCGGUAGGUAGAUAGAUAGGCGAUGAGAGAGAAAGAGAGCGAAAGCAAUACUGACAAAGACAGGUUAGUCUGUGUUUAUGUGUGGUCUCUGAAAGUGUUUUGUCAUAGAGCCUAUAGCCAGACUUGGGCUAUUUCUAAUCUCCUAAACAGGGGUGUAGUGGAGGCUGAACGCAAGUAAACCGUUUAUCUGUCUGCCUCUGAAAUUUCAGACGUAGAGUUUAUCCACCUCUUGAGAUUAUCCACCUCUCAAAAGACUUCAUAAACUAAUUGCAACUUUUAACAUUCAAAAAUCACACUGUAUUAUACACAUUUACAAUACAUAGUGCACUCAUCAACACUCUAGGAACCUUUUAAUAUACCACUGGUAUUUGCAUAAACAUGGAUAAUAUCCUCCACCAUUAUCAAAUGUUCUGAACGCCUUUUCUAAAAAUUCCGAUAUCACAUGGUGCCGUCCACCUUACCGUGAUCACAGAAUACAUUGUUUAUACCCACCUCUUACUUACCACUAUACCCCUGCUCCUAAGGCUUUGAAUGGCAUAUAUACAGACAAAACACACUGGAGACUAGGCAGGAACGUAGUUGGGUAUAGACUGCUUGGACUGUGCAGAGGGGGAAAAUGCCAUUCAUUUUCAUUACUAUGACGCCAAACAUGUUCAGCCUGUAAAAAAAAAAAACAUUCUGUAAUGCAUUUUCCAUAAAACAGCUUUUGGGACAUUUCACAAUGUACACCAAGUCACACGAAUGUAAUGAUUUCUUUAUGAGCAUUUGGCUCUAAUUUAUUACGUUUACGUUGAUAUAAACUAAACACAUACCAAUAUAUGAUUUAUUUUAUUCUUUAUUGCUAACAGAUGUUUUUACAGAACAGAACUUGUCAAAGUCAUUAUUAUAGCUGAGGUAUAGAGCCAUCAAUCACAUUAUUACCACCUGCUCAUUUGCAGACAUAACGUAUAGCACGUCCUUAGCACAUCAGCUGGAUGCAAACCAUGACAUCUUUCCUCAAAGACUGUGAGAUGAACACAAAUCAUUGCGUUAGUGCAGUGAGUGAACACAGUUUUGCCUCGGGAAUGCAGAGAACAACUUUGUUUUUCGUGAGAGGUGGCUAUGUCAGCAAAUCUGUGAGAUCUGGAUACUAUAAAGCUGGAAUAAGCUCAUCGUAUUCGGUUUUACAAGACCACUGCAGUCAGCAAGAAAUAACUGAUUGGAGUCAGGGUGAUUUGGUAAUCUUUUCUUACACAGCCAGAAUUAGUUACUCAUUUCAUGUCUCUAGGGGAUCUUGUGUAUGGUAAUUAAGUAAAUCAUCUUCAAUUAUGGAUUCACUUGAUAGUAUUAUAGUAUGACAUAGUAACAUAACUAUUCGUUUUCAUGAGAUGUUCCCAACUGUCCUUUCUUUCAGUGCACGUAUACACACCCACAGACAGACAGACACAGACACAGACACAGACACAGACACAGACACAGACACAGACACACACACACACACACACACACACACAGUCACACACACACACACACACACACACACACACACACACACACACACACACACACACACACACACACACACA